UCCUUAGCGUGGUGUAUAGAGCUCAUCACCUGUCCCCUUCUGUACUGUCACCUCUUACCUUUCCACUGUUGGACUUUGCUUUGACACCAGCUCCUCGCUUAGACUCUGUUGCCUUAUGCCUCUGAAUGUGUUGAAUUCAAGGUUCCCUAGAGAAAUAGGACACAGGGGACUAGUCUAGGAGUGUUUCUUCUGCUGGAAGUGUCCACCCCCACUUACUCUCUCCUGCCUGCCUUACGCUCUCCUUAUUGCUGGCCAAGUCUCCUCAUUGUAGGGUUCAGUUCAGGAGUUAAUUCCAGUAGGAGGGUUUUUCUGACACCCCCACUCCCCAGAGCCAGCGUGGUUCUGCUGACCCACGUGCUCCCGUGACCGAUUCCCUGUCUUCUGCAGAGAAUGUAAGAGCACCAUGUGUUUCCUCUUUUCUCUCUAUCCUAACACGGUGCUGGCACCCAGAAGGUGUGCAGGGCUUUGGGAACACCGCUGUGGGAGUGUUGUGAGGAAAGAUCAAAGCAGGGAGACAGAAAGAUGAGAGACCACUGAGGAUCUAGUCAUGCUCGUAGAUUCCGAGCCAUAGGCCAUUUCCUCACACUUCUCUUAUUUGUUCAGUCCCUGAUUUUAGAGGUGAGACACCAGAGUGCUAAGUAAAUUGUCCAAGGACUAUGUGAAUGUAUACUACUUUAAAUUUAUCGUCUGUGGCGUUAGUCUUAUUGACAAUCCACUCAUUCUUUCUAGGCCUUGGUUUUCUUUUCUGAAAAAUGAGGGCUUUGGAUCAAAUGAUCUCCACGGUUCCUUCCAUUUAUUUAUAAGGUUGUGUGAUCCUGCUAGCUGGCUGAGGGGAUUAUGACAGAUGUGUGAGGGAGAGGGAGAUUGUUGACAAAGACAAACAGUUCUAGGGUCUUUGAUCACGUUGCCUUGUUCUUAGUGCUACAAUUUCUUAUUGAUUUAACUUUUUUAAAAAAAAAUUACAAUAAGUUUCUUACUCAGUUAAGCCAGUGGUUUUGAACUGGAGGCAAUUUUGCUUCCCUGGGGGUAUUUUGGUUGUUAUAAUGGGGGGCUGUGCUACUGGCAUUUGUUGGGUAGAGGGCAAGAAUGCUGCUAAACAUCGUGCAGUACACAGGACAGUCCCCCCAGCAGACCUUACCUGGUCCAGAGUGUCCGGGGUACCACGGUCGAGAAACCCUGAGCUGCACCUUUAACCCCCAGUAAGGUUUCAGUACUUUCAAAGCAGAGACUUCCUCGUGUUUCUUGGCACUUCUCUUAGUAUUUAUGACCUUUCUCAUUUGAAAGUAUUCUGCGUAUGGCAAUUAAUUAUUCCGUCUUUAAUUAUGUUGAAAAGGAGUGGGCUAUUUCAUGACUCUCUUUAAAAAGAGACUAUUUUUGUUGUUAGGUGCUAUCGAAUCGGUUCCAACUCUCAGUGACCCUGUGUACAGCAGAACGAAACACUGCCCAGUCCUGCGCCAUUCUCUGAGACUAUUUAAACAAUAAUAUUAACUAUGUAAUCGUCCUUUUCAAACAGGGUCACUGCAGUCAACCGUGUGGCUGUAUUGAAUUAGACUAGACCGCACACACUCCAUGUCGCUUUUUUAAAUAUUAAAAAAAAAUUUUUUUUUUAAUCAGCAAAAGGUGCUAGUCUUCUAGUCUAGAAGUAGAGCUUCUCUUUACCCCUUAAUUCUGGAUCCUCAGCAGCAGGUAUUACACCUGGUCACCCAGCUCACAGCAGUAGUGAGAGUGGCAGGACAGGUGAGAUUCAAAGGUGUCGUGCCAGAUCUGCUCUGGUGACCAGCUUCCCCUGGCAGUGUAGUGUGAAGGCAGCACGGAGGAAGGGGAUAGAGUGGACUGAACCCCAACACCUACUUCCUGUCCUGCUGCAUCCGUGUAACCUGCUGGCAGUUGUGUUAUCUUGAUAAAUCUUUCAAAAUGAGCAUAGUAGUAGAACCUGCUUUAUAGUGUGACUGUGAGCAGUAAGAAAGGUGUGUGUAAAGGGCUUAGCACAGUUCCUGGCACAUAGUGUUUGGCAAAUGUUGCUGUCAGCAUCACCCACAUCAGCGGUGUCAUCACUGCUGUAUUCCUCUUGAGGUAGAUGACCAAACCAACCACCUACCACCCGUGUGCGAGCGCUAGCUGAUGGGGCCCGCUGUCCUCUGCUCGGGAUGCUGCCGAAGGAUUCGUCAUCACGAGGAGAGAUUUCAAGUUACCGUGUCCUGAUUUCUGCUAUCAGAUUGCUUGGGUACAAAGGAACAGAAAUUAAAGAACCAUUUAGGACAUGUACUUUUCCAUCCUUUUGUUCUUUGUUUGCCUUAGUAUACUGCAUGUAAUUGCGGAUAUCCUGAUACACCAAGCGGUUUUUUUUUUCCUUUUUGAGUAUUUAUUGAAAGAAAUUUGGUUUACAUAAUAUUUCUUGCCCCACCUCUGCAAGGUUUUUCUGAUUUUAAGCUUUCUUCGUAAUAUCCUGGCAAAAUCUAUCCUGCUUGUGACAAAAUAGGAAGAAGAAGGAACCACUUGCAAAACACAAAAAACUUCCUGGCUGCAGGAUUGUGUUUUAUCCUUAUCUCCAACCAAUGAUCUUAUGGUUAUAGCUCGAGAGCAAAAAGCUGUAUUUCUUGUGCCAAAAUGGAAGCAUAAUGAUAAAGGAAAGGAAGAAAUGCAGUUUGCUGUUGGUUGGAGUGGUUCUUUAAAUGUUGAAGAAGGGGAAUGUGUAACCAGUGCUCUGUGUAUUCCACUGGCAAGCCAAAAGAGGAGUUCCACUGGACGACCUGAUUGGACCUGCAUUGUGGUGGGCUUUACUUCAGGUUAUGUACGCUUCUACACUGAGAAUGGUGUGCUUUUGCUUGCACAGCUUUUGAACGAGGACCCAGUGCUCCAGCUCAAAUGCAGGACCUAUGAGAUCCCACGGCACCCUGGUGUGACUGAGCAGAAUGAAGAGUUGAGUAUUUUAUAUCCAGCUGCCAUUGUGACUAUUGAUGGAUUUAGCCUUUUUCAGUCUCUUCGUGCUUGUCGAAAUCAGGUUGCAAAAGCUGCAGCAUUGGGCAAUGAGAACAUACAACCACCACCAUUAGCUUACAAGAAAUGGGGUCUACAAGAUAUUGACACUAUUAUCGAUCAUGCUAGUAUUGGUAUUAUGACUCUGUCUCCUUUUGAUCAAAUGAAGACUGCCUCCAAUAUAGGUGGAUUUAAUGCGACAAUAAAAAACAGCCCGCCGGCCAUGUCUCAGUAUAUCACCGUGGGGUCCAAUCCGUUCACAGGCUUCUUCUAUGCUCUAGAGGGAAGCGCGCAGCCGUUAUUAUCUCACGUCGCGCUCGCAGUUGCAAGUAAACUCACCUCCGCUUUAUUCAAUGCUGCCAGUGGUUGGCUUGGUUGGAAAAGUAAGCACGAAGAGGAAGCUGUCCAAAAGCAAAAGCCAAAGGUUGAACCCGCUACCCCGUUAGCUGUAAGAUUUGGACUUCCCGAUUCUAGACGCCAUGGUGAAAGCAUAUGUCUGUCUCCAUGUAACACACUGGCAGCAGCAACAGAUGAUUUCGGCAGAGUUAUUCUGUUGGAUGUAGCUAGAGGAAUUGCAAUACGCAUGUGGAAAGGGUACCGAGAUGCACAGAUUGGAUGGCUCCAAAUUGUAGAGGACCUCCACGAAAGAGUACCGGAAAAGGUGGAUUCAUCCCCCUUUGGAAAUACUCAGGGUCCAAGCCGAGUGGCCCAGUUCCUUGUGAUCUACGCACCGAGAAGGGGAGUAUUGGAAGUGUGGAGCACACAGCAGGGACCCCGCGUGGGAGCUUUCAACGUGGGAAAGCACUGUAGGCUACUAUAUCCUGGCUAUAAAAUAAUGGGCUUGAAUAAUGUUACCAGUCAGAGUUGGCAGCCACAGACUUACCAGAUCUGUCUUGUUGAUCAAGUGUCUGGAAGUAUGAAAACAGUGACUGCUCCUUUCCACUUAGCACUGAGUGAUAAAAAAAGUGAACGGGCCAAGGACAUGCACUUAGUGAAGAAACUAGCAGCCUUACUGAAAUCAAAAUCACCCAGUCUAGAUUUGAUGGAAAUGGAAAUAAAGGAAUUAAUUCUUGAUAUUAAGUACCCCGCAACCAAAAAGCAGGCAUUGGAAAGCAUCUUGGCAAGUGAACGCUUAUCGUUUUCCUGCCUUAGAAACAUCACUCAGACUUUAAUGGACACUUUACAGAAUCAAGAGCUUGAGUCUGUUGAUGAAGGAUUGCUACACUUCUGUGCCAGUAAACUGAAAUUGCUCCAUCUUUAUGAGUCUGUCAGUAAAUUAAAUUCCCUUGAUUUUCAUUCAGAUACACCAUUCUCUGAUAAUGACUUGGCUGUGUUACUGAGGCUUGAUGAAAAAGAACUGCUGAAGCUGCAGUCAUUAUUGGAGAGGUACAAGCAGGAGAGCACCAGGACAGCUGUCCGAUUUUCUGACGAUAAGGAUGGUGUGUUGCCUGUCAAGACAUUCCUGGAGUAUUUAGACUGUGAGAAAGACGUGAUCAACGUAAAGAAAAUUAGUGAAGAGGCGUAUGUAGCUUUGGGCGCUUUGUUUUUCUGGAAGUGUCUGCAUGGAGAAAGCUCCACGGAGGACAUGUGUCGCACUUUGGAGUCUGCUGGCCUCAGCCCCCAGCUGUUGUUGUCUCUACUCCUGAGUGUUUGGCUUUCUAAGGAAAAAGAUAUUUUGGAUAAACCACAGUCUGUCUGCUGUCUUCAUACAAUGCUGUCCCUCCUGAGCAAGAUGAAAGUGGCCAUCGAUGAGACCUGGGACUCCCAGUCUGUGUCCCCUUGGUGGCAGCAGAUGCGCACGGCGUGUAUUCAGUCUGAGAACAGUGGAGCCGCCCUGUUAUCUGCGCAUGUUGGGCAUUCUGUCGCGGCACAGCUAUCGAACACUGUGACAGAGAAGAAAUUCUCCCAGACAGUUUUGGGUGCUGACUCAGAGGGCCUCACUGACUCCUGGGAAGCACUUUCCCUUGACACUGAGUACUGGAAACUCCUGCUGAAACAACUGGAGGAUUGCCUCAUACUUCAGACUCUGCUUCACAGCAGAGCAAACGCUCGACCCUCCAAGGCGUCAUCGCUGCAGGCUGAGCCACUCCCAAGGCUUUCUGUUAGAAAAUUGUUGGAAGGAGGAAAAGGUGGCAUUGCAGACAGUGUAGCCAAGUGGGUAUUUAAACAAGACUUCAGCCCUGAAGUAUUGAAACUGGCUAACAAAGAAAGAGGUGUAGAAAACCCCGAUGAACCCAAAGAAGGCAUUAACAGAGGUUUCCUUGAAGAGUUAGAGGUAGACAUGGACUUAGGAGCCACACCAGACGUCCUGCCUUUAGCCUGUCAGCAGUUCCCUUGCAGCCUGGAGCUGGAUGUGCUGCUCGCACAUUGCUGUUGGGAGUAUGUGGUCCAGUGGAAUAAAGACCCAGAGGAAGCACGUUUUUUUGUUAGGUCAAUAGAACACUUGAAGCACAUUCUUAAUGCACAUGUUCAGAAUGGCGUUGCACUGAUGAUGUGGAAUACAUUCUUAGUUAAAAGGUUUUCUGCUGCUACAUACUUGAUGGAUAAGGUUGGAAAAUCACCAAAGGAUAGGCUCUGCCGAAGGGACGUGGGGAUGAGUGACACAGCAGUGACAUCUUUCCUCGGCUCCUGCUUGGAUCUUCUUCAAACCUUAAUGGAGGCAGACGUUAGCAGGGAUGAAAUGCAAGCGCCGGUCCUGGACACCGAGGAUGCCUGGCUGUCUGUCGAAGGACCCAUCUCCCUAGUGGAACUAGCCCUGGAGCAGAAGCACAUCCACUACCCGCUGGUGGAGCACCACUCGGUCCUCUGCUCCAUCCUGUAUGCAGUCAUGAGGUUUGCUCUGAAGGCCGUGAAACCGCUCUCACUUUUCGAUAGUAAGGGAAAAAAUGCAUUUUUCAAAGACCUAACAUCAAUUCAGUUAUUACCUAGUGGAGAAAUGGAUCCAAAUUUUAUUUCUGUACGACAGCAGUUUUUAUUGAAAGUUGUUACUGCAGCUGUCCAGGCCCAGCAUUCAGUUGCAGAGGACAGAGAUGCCUCAGAAGAAGCAGUAACCACUCCUUUUUGGAAAGACCAAGAUUGGCCGGUUCUAGCCGUGGAUUUAGCUCAUCACCUUCAAGUUAGUGAAGAUACUGUUAGAAGACAUUACGUGGGGGAACUCUACAACUACGGAGUCGACCACUUAGGAGAAGAGGCCAUUCUACAGGUUCAGGACAAAGAAGUCCUUGCCUCUCAGCUGCUCAUGUUGAUAGGACAAAGGCUGGCUUACGCGCUCUUCCACACCCAGACAAGAGAAGGAAUGGAGCUGCUUGCCAGGCUCCCACCCACUCUCUGUACUUGGCUGAAAGCAAUGGACCCCCACGGUCUUCAAAACACUGCAGUGCCAAUUGCAACAACAGCUAAACUAGUAAAUAAAGUAAUUGAGCUUUUGCCAGAAAACCAUGGGCAGUAUAGUCUAGCCUUACACCUUAUUGAAGCUGUAGAAGCCGUAUCUAUUCCGUCAUGACACGUACCCCUGGGUUAAUGACCAUGAAGACAGUCUUAAAACCGUGUGAUUAUAACAUGAAUUAGUGCAUGGUUAUUUCACAUAGUGAGAUCUAGAAUUUUGUGGAGGGAGUAUGUCUUUUUUUUUUUGUGAAGUAAAUAAAAAUGUAUAUUACUUUUUAGUCCUGGCUAAAUUCCACUCCUUUGGUUAAUACUGAAGAUAAAAUAUAAACAAAUAUCCGUUACACCAUAAUUAUUGAUACAGGUGUUUUACUGUUUAUUUCUAAUUCAAGCACUUAAGUAGCUUUAUUGUAAAAUUUUGCUGUAUUUAAAAUUGGUUAUAAUUUACAGAUUAUGUUAUUAUAAGAUUAUAUAUUUCAUACUCAAAACGUUAUUGUAAUUAAAUUUGUGUGGUUCACAUCCAGUCCCCAUCAGUAAAGGUGGAGAAACAGGCCCACCUCCUUUAUUAGUAGGUGUUGGGAAGUGCUCUUCUCAGGCUGAGUCCAUGCUGGGCUGCGCCCACCCACGAGUGUGGAUGCCUGCCUGGGAGUGUGGACGCCCACAGGCUCUUUCCCAGAGGUUAUGCUGUUGCCAUCGGAGGAGCAGGGCCUUGCUUGUGGAAGAAGAAUGGGUUCAAGGUCACCAUACUCAUCACAAAGGACACUAGAUGGAAACUUUAACCUGUUGUACUUGCCAAAACUGAGAAUCUGAGAUGCAGGGCCAACACAGCAAAAUUAAUUAGGAUGUAAGUUUUGUUUUUUGUCAAGGUUCAAAGCUGUAUCCACAUCAGGUAAUUGUAAAAAUGUAUUAUCUUGUAAAACUUGUAUAAAAAGGCAGAGAUGCCAAAAAUCUGAAGUCCAACUUUAUUUUUCCUACAAGUGUUUAGAAAUGUCUGCUCUGAGAUUUGGUAAAGUUACAUGUCCUUGGGAUAGUACAGAAGAUGCUUUAGCAAACCUACCUCACAGCUGAGUUGAGAGGAUUAGACACAACUGAUUCUGUACCUACAGUGCCUAGAGAAGUCCAAGAGCUGAAUAAAUAUUUGCUGAUUAAAACCAGAUUAACCAAAACUCUGUAAAAAGUGCUUUGAGCUCGACAAAUACCAAGUAUUUAUUAUACCUUGGGAAUGUAGCCAUACAGGGCAGUUAUCAUGGAUCACAAUUGUUAUUCGUAGGAACUCACUGUGAUACAGAAAUUUGUUUCAUUUCUUGUAAGAAGCCAAUUUUACCAACUGUACAAAGUCCUUCAGGGAUAUAAAGGAAAAAAUGUGGCUGUUCAGAGAUACUCCGGUGUCAGUUCUUUUCUAUCACAUCCAAGUAAGAACUUACCUUGCUAAAACUUAACUACAGUUUAAGUAACUAUCAAAUCGAAAAUUUUAAAAAGAUAAAAUUUUUAAGCUGUCUGAGGAGUGGGGUGGGCCUGCAUUUGUCUGACUGAGGUGCCCAUUCUGACCAGGAGCAGCACUGAAGGGGCCUGAUGUUAAGUCUUCCCUCCCAGCCUCUGCUUGGAUCGCACUGUACCACCCAGACACGCUGAUGGGAUUUCUUGUAAAUGUAUCUAGCUUUAUAUAGUCACUUCUUAUAUGUGUCCUAAGAAACUGAUUUUUCCUGUGAUUUUUCUAAAUACUCACUCAGAGCAGAAUUGAG